AUGGCAACGAAGUCUUCCACGAGCUGGAAAAAAAAGCGCGGUUUUGUCAAUUUAAUAAAAAUGGCGGACAUGUUCCCCUUAAAACGGUCGGUUUUGAUUUAUUUGGACAGGAAUGGCGGCCUUCAGAAACUUACAGAAGACUGCAAACCGUUUAAUGACCCCCAACAAAACACGGUUGUAGUUUUCCGGUUCUGUAUCGACGUUAAUCCGUCUGAUGUCAUAGAAGUGGACUCGGAGCUGGGUGACUAUGUACUACACCACCCACUACAAGCAACAACCUUGUUUCAAUCUGUGUGCUUCUUGGCCAUAAAGACACUUUCUCUUAUUGAGAGUAUACAUACAGAGUGUCAGGUGAAUAUCAUUUUGAAAUGGACGCACCUGCCGCCAUUUUCUGACUACACACUGGACCUAGCUACUUUCCCUCGUACGUAUUGCUGCAUGAGACCUGUUCUCAUGGAAGGUUUGGCCAUUGCUAUCACAAGGGUCACCAAAUACACCCGGGGAGCCAGGUUUGUUUGCAGUAACGACGGCUGUACCUUUUCUUCAGGUUUCCACCAAAUCCGGGUUCAUGCACCUGGCGCCACAGAGUCGGCAACCAUGAGGAACGACUUCACCUGCAUGACCUGCAGCUCGCCUCUCAAAGAGGACAUCCAGUUCAGAGUGUUGGGAGACAAGCAGCUGGUGGAGUUGAUCCACGUUAACGCUCUGAAAGUACUCGGUGCGCAUCAACAAAGCUCACUCCGAUACCAGUCAGUCACGUUGUUUCUUCGAGAUGAACUGUGUAACACGAUGAGUAUCGGUCAACUCUACCGGGUGAUUGGCAUACCUGCGCAUGUGCACCAGUGGCCCAGUAUUACCUGGAGCGUGGAGGCUAAUAGCGUCCAACCGUGGGAGCUGCAGUAUCCGCCUGACAUUAAUGCUAAAUUCAAGGAGCUGCUGAAGGCGGCUGGAGGAUCUCCGUGGAGGUUCUCUGCCAUCGUAGCACACUGCUUGGCGGUUCACGUGGCGCCUCCGGGCCUCUUCAACACAUUGAGGCUCAGCUUGUUGCUCAGCUUGGUGCAAACUAGAGGGGACGACUACAACAGGUCACACUUGGAUCUCCUGGUCUCUACAGGCGACACAGUAAUAGUGGAAAGGCUAAUGAGGUACAGCUUGAGCUUGUCGUGCCGUGGGGUAAUGCAUGAAGGCUCAGGGGAAAUGUUUGCAUCCUUGUCCCACGAUGAGCAUGGAGUGGGCACUGCGAAAAUCCAUGCCGGUUCUGCCCUGCUGGCCAGCAGUGGUAUUUGCAUGCUUGGAGAUCUGAGCGGUUUCAAGAAGGACAAGCUGGAUUCAAUAGAGUCAGUUCUGGAGAGCCGCACAGUGUCUGUGUUCAUCCCAGGGAAGAAGUAUGGUGAGGAUGUGGACCAGCAGCUUUCAUUCCCCGUCCUGUGCAGCUUCUGGGCUCUUGUGGACUCCACACAUAGCUCUCGGAGGGCAUAUGAUGCUGUACUGGGAGCACCAGAAAUGGGUCCAGUAUCACCUCAGCUGGCAGCUAGCUUUGGCCUCAUCGUUAAGUGUAAGGAACAUACAAGGGAACAUGCCGUACUCUCACAGGCUGUCCACAUCCUCCAACAGGCCAUGCAGCCUGGACAACGCCUCUACCCAUCCCUUGUUGACUUGUCUACCCAGGACUACAAAGAGUUGGUAGCUUAUGCACAAAGCCUGCAAGUGGAUCUGAGUCCUGCAGCACAGAAGAUGAUCCGCGGCUACUAUAAGGCCAGCUGUAGAGUCCGACCACAAAUUCACGGGAGCAAAAUGUCUGCGGCUUCUAUCAAAUUGCUGAUCUCUUUAGCAGAGGCCCACUGCAAAUUAAGUCUCAGAAAUGAAGUGCUGGAGGAGGACGCCGUGAUUGCGGUGCUCCUUUGUGAGAACUCUGUCACUCUCAAGCACGAGAUGUCUGCGCUCGUUAUUCCACCCGACGCGGUCUCUUCUGGUGAUCUGGGAGAGAGUGGUUUGCUCAGGAGAGACAAAGCCCUGGAUGAGUUCCACCAGAACAUCCUACGCUUCAUCUACACCUACGCACCAGGAGCGGAUGCCUACAUCACAGAGGAGUAAAGAGGAUAGACGUCCCCAUCUGUACAGUUCUAACAAGUAAGUUCCAACAGCCACCAUAUGAGAACAAGUCAUAAUGCAAAUUAAAGGGGUACAUUUUAUUAAUAUUUGUCAUAUGUAAAGCAGUUCAAGGAGCAGCUUUAACAGGUCCAGCAGUGCUGUAACAGACAAAACACAGGGGUCAGUUUCAUGAUAGACUAAAUAAUACCAACUAUAGUUAUUCCAAAUUCCAGCCAUCCUUUAAACAAACAGAAUAAUUCCAUCAGUUUGCAGGAAAAAAAAAGUAUUUUCCUAAAUAUUGGCACUUCAAUUGGAGUUCAGAGAGUCACUGUGUCAGCAGCCCAUUCUGGUCUGAUGGGUAAACGGCGAAAAUGUGAACUCAUCAUUACUACUUGAAGAUGCAAGUUUGAAUAGCUUGACGCGCCUCUUUCCUCACCUUGUGUUUCCAUCUUCUGUCCAUCAAUCCUACCGCCACUUACCUGUCAAAAACAAACUGUCACUUUCACAAUGUAAUGCACAUCUCAACGCUUCUUACUGUGUCAGCGGUAAUUCAGUAAUCACAGUCUCACCACUCCAUUGUCUGAUGGGUAAACGGCAAAAAGAGUGAAGUCAUCAUUACUACACAUUAGUAUCAAUACUCUUAUUUCCUUAGUGGCCAAGAGCAUUGACUUAAAUGCAACUAAUAUAUAGUCGCAUUCUGUUCUCUUAAUUUAGGUAUUUAAUGUCACCUUGUGAUUUUUCGCCCCUAUUUGAGGUGUGGAAUUAAUUAUGGACAGCAGAGGCCACUAUUUGGGGGGAAAUACAUCAAUUUGACUCUUUACUUACUGAAGACAUGAAGCAAACGUUCAUAUUCCAUCCAUUAUUUCUGCCAGCCAGGCAUCUAUGGUCACAUAAAAAAAAAAAAGACCGUCACUUUCAUUGCAGAUUAUGUAUUAAACCACGUUUAUUGACCAUCUUUCAGGAAGUGAUUCAGUAGUCACAGUAUCACCACUCCAUUGUCUGAUGGGUAAACGGCGAAAAAGGUUGAACUCAUCAUUAGCACUUGAGAAAAUGUUUAUUGUAUUAUUUACUUACCAGCUACAGGAUGAAGCAGACACACGUUUUGCCUCGUCGUUUAUCUGUAGUUGCAUAAAAAAAGAAAGCUCUCGUCACUUUCAUGUUAUGAUAGAGAACCUCAACAUGGCUGUAAUCUUGCAGCGAGUAAUUCAGUAGCCACAGUAUCACCACUCUUUGUCUGAUGGGUAAACGGCGAAAAGGGUGAAUUCAUCAUUAGUACUACAACUGCAAGGGUUGACCACUACUUUAAUCUUCAGGAUCCCUUAACUCUCAAAAUGGUCUGUUGCAGGAAACUCACCUUGCAAACGGUAAAUCAGGAAAUGUUGUCCAUGUCCUGUUGACGAUAAACGAAAGAGACGACAGUUAUGAGACAAUCCGGGCAUCGCAUCAAAUAUUUGAAGGACUUCAUGUGCAGCUUUUGGCUCAGUUAGAAACAAGUUGUCUGAUGGGUAAACUGCAAAAAUGACAACAUAAUUCGGUCAAUUUACCAAGUGAUCAUCAUCUUACCUUAUCAGGUGUACUGUCCAGCAUUGGUACAUGCACUCAUCACCGGUGCUUCUAUAAUAAAAUACAGCACAUUAGUACAUUAAUGACCAAAUACACAUUUAAUAGCACAUAUAAUACACCGCAGUGUCACUUCUAAUGGCUGGAGUGAGACCUUAUUGAUUGGCACAGUGUAUGAAUAAAAUGUACUGACGGAAUAGCCAAUACUUAUGACUGAUCACCCAAAAGGUCAAAGGGCACUGUGUGACACAGCUUGGGAGCACAACAUCUCAGGUCUGAGGUUGGGUUCAACAGCAGGUCACGACCUAUGCCACGACCUUGUGUCCUGUUUGGGGACCAAUGAGAGCCUCUCAGUGGUGAAAUAAUGGUAAAAGUACAUAUCCUGGAGUCACGUGAUCGGUUCUGUGAAUAAAGUGAUUAGAGGAUUUCACCUGUCUACGGGGAUAAUACAUAACAUUUCCUUCCGGAUGACUCAUAAAUGGCGCUGACACGCAAAUUUACUUCGUCACGAGUGGUUCGCGUUGACAAUUUGUUGACUUAUCAAAUGACUGCGCUUUUAAAAUUAUGCUUCUUCAUUAGCUUUUCUCCCCCACGUGGUCCCCCCCACCAUGCGUGCCGCUAGCUUACAUGCUACAAACAGCGCUAAACCACCGUAUAUCGUACAGCUGUGCUCACAAGCUAAUUAGCGUCGCUCACCGUAACAAACGAGGCGUCUCCCGUCGUCUAUUCCACAAAGAAUCAUCUUUAUCCUGCGAGUAGAUGGGGAGCAGCUCGGCUCACCGUCCACCUCCUCUCGAUGCAGAGCCCAAAAGAAAGGAUAGCUUUUCCGAGUUCGAGUCAAAUGUGCAAUGUACGUGGUGGCCAGUAUCAACACGUCCAGUUUGGACAGCUUCGUGUCCGGCGGCACCGACGGCAACGUCCUCUGCAGCUCCAGGAAGGCGUUCCGCAGAGUUUGAACGCGGCUCCUCUCCCGCGCCGCGUUGGCAGCCGCAGGACGGCCUCGUCCUCCUCCGAGUCCGCCGGCGUGGAGCACCCGGCCGGCGGACCGGCGACCGUCCGGGCUGGAGCUCGGGCUGGAACCCGGGCUGUCAUCCACCACCGUCACGGAGCAAUUGCCGCUGUCCAUUCGGUGCGUCUGUCUCCCCACCAUCUUAAAGACCUGAUAAGUUGAUUUGGAUUAUUAACGCACUUUUAGUGGAGUUUUAGUUCAUGCUACACUUUUUUAUAUAUAAAUAAAGUUAACGAACAGCAUGGUGUCAUAUCCAAAACAUGUGAGACUCACCUCUAUUUCUGCAAGUAGGCGUCAUGGAAGACAUGCAUGUACCUCCAAAAAAGUGUGACUGUUCUCCUCCCGAGGUGAAAAUUCCAAAAGAUUCAACUCCCAAGUAUUAAUUAAUCACCUUCCACUGUAAGUAUGACUACUUUUCCCUCCUCUCGCUCCUUGGGCUUGAAUUCUGUUGCCAAUCAGAGGCAGCCUCUUUUUCCUCACCUCAACGCUAAUACAUGUGCACCCUGGGCCUUUUCCCCACUCUAAUUGGCUGCUACCCUUCCCUUCACGGGCCUAUCAGGAAGUAGCCACUCUUUUUAUUAUGUAGUCACAACUCAACGAGGAUGAAAGGCUUGUCCUUCAAAAGGCGUCUUGCAACAGACCGUGAAGACAAACUGAUGAGCAUUAUUUAUAAAUAUAUAUGCUGAUAUGCUAAACCUUCAAAUUACCUUUUUUUAAAAAAAAAGUGCAGCUGCAAUCAACAGGCAAGCGAGUGAGUAAUUUCUUGCAAGGCUCCUAAAUUAAUCAUUCAGACCCCAAAACUGAGAUGGCAGUAAUUCAUGAGGGGAAUUAUUCAUGUUCUAAAUAAACAUUGUUUUGUAUAUAUGGCGUAUGGAGGAACCGUAUAGCUCCGAGCCAUCAUUACAAGGCUAUAGGGAGAGAAAGGUUAAGUAAACCUAUUUGCCUAAUUACCUUGCACAACCACUUUUCAUAUAUUUAGCAACAAACCAUAUAGACCUCAGAAGGCUGAAAAGUAUGAUAUUCUUAUAUAUUUAAAGACAAAGCUUUGUGUUAUUAGUAGUUAUGUUGGUUAUUAGUAUCAUUCUCUUUAAUUGUGUUUCUACAAUGUGCCACCUGGCCAAUAAAAUAAACAAAAAACAAACAGCAAGCCACAAAUGGCUCCCGGUCCAUACUAUGGACACUUGUGCAGUGAAUUGCAGCCAUAGAUUAAAUAAUACAAAGGAUGUAGAUCAAACAGAUUAAUCCAUUCUAGGUGAAACACAUUCAGUGGUAUUAUGUAUGCAUAUCUGACGUGACGGCCACAUGGUUGAGCUGUCUGUACAGAGAACCUUUCAGUUGCUGCACCCUAAAGAACAGAAAAACAAUUAAAAAAAAAUGUUUUAAUAUAAAAGUAAUAAUUACAUGUAAUCUGUAUGGUAAUAUAUGGUUUAGUACAUGUCAAGUAUGACCUCUAAUACCACGACCUGUAAGGUUGCUGCGGUUUCCAUCCAUGCAUGUUAGCAUGGCAGCAGACGUGAGGCGGACGUGCACCUUGACCCAUCGUUACAUCAUCUGCAAUAUGCAAACAUAACUUCAGAAAAAUAAUAAAUGAAUGAGUAUGAGACAAUAGAAAUAAAAACAUUACACAAUACUUUAUAUUAUGUUAAAAAAAACAAAUUUUUCUAUAAUUGCAAAGCAGCUAGGCAUUUUCUUUGAAUAAAUUCCAAAGAAUCCUUCCAAUAUUCAGCUAUAAUAAUCCCCAAAAUCAUACAAAUAUGAAAUAUUUAGCUAUAAUUUCAAAGAAGUUUGAAAAAAAAUUCCAAAGUAGCUGUGGAUAUAUAUUUCCCCCAAAAUUCAUCUUAUUUCCCUCAGUUUUCUACUAAUUGCAGUGCGCUACUUUUACCAUUAGCUGUGAUAACAUUCAUACAUAAAUGAAAAUAUAUUUAAAAAUCAUACUAAUCAUCAUACUAAUGAUGUGAAAAAACAUACGUGACUUACUUGUUAAGGGAGGUGAGUUCAAAUUUGCCAUCACAUGUUUACUUUUCUUCUUCUUUGCUUCUUUGGAUGCUUUCCAAUUAAUGAGGAACUCCCUGGUCACCUCAUGGAUGUCGCGGCCGUCGAGCACCUCUGUCAAGGCAAAAUAAACACACCACGAAUAAUCAUUCAUCAUGUUUAGAUUUACAAAUUUGAAAAAAAGAUGAGCAAUUCUUUACUGAGUCUUCUGCACGCUGUGAUCAGUUUGUCUCUGUAUUUUGGCGUCUUACACACAGGAUUCCCGCGUAAGUCCAUUUGAAGGAGCCAAGGCCAGGACCCGAACACCUCCUCUAAUUCCUAAAAAUGCACAAAAAAAGGCAGCCUCUCCUUUUUAAUGUGUGGUGCUUUUGUAAAGUAAGAGUAAAUAAACAUUUAUGUUGCCCGUUCGUAAUUAGAGACAAACAGGAGGAUGUUUGGUGCUAUUAGCAAAUGUUAAUGUGCAGGGCAGGGGCCAGUGCAAAGUCUACAAACAAGACAUCAGUCUAUUUUAAUAAACAGUGUCGCCGGUUUCGUGUAACUACAAGUGCUCUCCCGGGGGCCCGUGUGAGCCGCUUGCCUGCAAUUGUAUGUUUAUCUAAAGGCGCAUUAAUCCACGGCUGGAAAUAUGAAUACUCUCCGGACACGCUCUGAUUGUUCUUUGCCUUCCUGUCUUGGCCAAAGCGCUUCCACUUUUCCGAGUGGCGCUGCAAUCAGUUUCAGAGGAGACCCCUGAGCACGGCGAGCUUUGCCGGCUUUGAUAAAUGAUCGUGUCAGGGCCGUCACUCAGAAGCCCCUCGCCGAGUCUCGGCCCGGUGCUAAAUUACCCCCCACACGGGGGGGGAGGAGUGGGUAACAGCUCACCAAAGCUUGGCUCGACUAAUGAUGGGCCAGUUAUGAACCUGUAUUUGAACAGCGAUUCGAUUCCCCCGGUCCAUGCAACGAAGACGCUCCCCGUUUGUCACCCUGGCUUGACUGCCUGUCAUAAUCUAUUUUAAAAAUCCAUAAUGUUUCCAGAAGAGCGGAUUGAUCCUUUUGGAGGUCUGUCUUUGAGUAAUCAAUAGAGGCAGACGGCUUGUAUAAAUUAUCGGAUAUCUACAAAAAAAUGACUUGUAUAGCAAACUGCAUGCAACAUCCUCAAAAUAAAGAUGUCAGGUUUAGUUUAGCAGAGUCGUCAAUUAGGAAGGGACACCGGAGGGUCCUCAUUUGUGGUGCCCCCCAAAUGGUUGACCUGCAAGCAUACAUGUUAUACAGAUAAAUGGUCAAUAAUUGUCACCCUUUUUGUGUGCAGCGGCUCAGGAGUCGGUGUGGCGACUGUCCUAUGAGAAUCCUACCACGCUUUUCUCCAAGACUAUCAGCUGUCCAGUGAGGGGAGGAAAAAUGAUUUCUAAAGUAAGAACGUAAGAGAGAGAAACUUGUGCUUGUUUGAAGCUGUCAGCAGGCUAAUCCUCUCGGGGAAACGGCUUGCUGAUUUGUUGAAUAAUUCUGACCCUGAGUGAGUCAUGCAGACUGGGAGAGCCGACGGUGGGAUUUGCGGGAUUUGGUUUUGUAGACCCCCCUAUCUCCAUAUCAUUUCACACAUGGCUGCGUAAAGCUACAACACCACUUUCAUGCUAACUAACACCACCUCAUAACAUGUCUUGACCAUCAUGAGGAGUUUAUUGGGGUAUUUACCUCAAUAUUGGCCAACUUAUUAUCAGUAGCAGAGAAAUGUUGGAUUUCCCACAGCGCGGCCAGGUCCCCGACUUCAUCAAUGCUGUUGUUACUGAUGUUGAAGACGCAGAGAGAUUUCUGUGCAAAGCAAAGACGGGAACAGUUAAUUUUGCGGUGACGAGCAGUGACAAAACACAGCAGUCGUGACUGCGGCUAAAAUAUUUAGUUCAUUACCACGCCAGAAGAAAAAAACUACAGUGGAAAUAUUGAUGCAGGACAUCAUGCAAAAUCUGGAAACUGUAGCUAAUUCAGGCAUCUCACGAAUACAUUUGCUUUUUCUUUGGCUUUUAUGACAAUGCCACUGCAGAGGUUUAACUUGUAAUGUUCAUGGUGAGUACACAGUGGUCAACUUGUCACACUUCUAAGACAGCAAGGCUUACAAGGUGUUAUGCAUGAAGUGGACCGUGUCCCUCGACACUUCCUGAUUAUGUCACACAUCAUGAAUAGGUGAGUAGUUUUGUUUUACUUUAGUUUUAUUACAUGAUGGUUAACUUCUUUUUACACUUGUAUGACAGAUAGGAUCAAAAACUGCCAUGUGUGAAGCGGAUUGCAGCCCACAAGGCUUCCUUAAAUGCUCCAACUAUCACACAUCAUCAAUGGAUAGGAUCAAAAACCGCCAUGUGUGAAGCGGAUUGUACCCCACAAGGCUUCCUUAAAUGCUCCAACUAUAUCACACAUUAUUAAUAGAUGGGGUCAAAAACUGCCAUGUGUGAAGCGGAAAGUACCCCACAAGGCUUCCUUAAAUGCUACAACUAUAUCACACAUCAUUAAUAGAUAGGGUCAAAAACUGCCAUGUGUGAAGCGGAUUGUACCUCACAAGGCUUCCUUAAAUGCUACAACUAUAUCACACAUCAUCAAUAGAUAGGGUCAAAAACUGCCAUGUGAGAAUCGGAUUGUACCCCUGAGUGCUUCCUUAAAUGCUCUUACCAUGUCACACAUCAUCAAUAGAUUAGGUCAAAAAGUGCUAUGUGUGAAGCGCAACUUCCCCUCUCAACGCCUCCUGAAAUGCUCUAACCAUGUUACACAUCUUCAUUAGGUACAGAUGCGUGAGGUUGCACGCAAAGUCCAGGUUGCAAAUGCGCGGGAUGUGAUUGUCGUACAGAUAGAGGACGGUGAGGUUCCUGCACAUGGAAAGGUCGCCCUGCAAAGUGUCAUGAAAAGGUCCUGAACGCGCCCAGGUUGACUUUCCCUGCUGAAAUAGUUCGAGUGGGGUCGAUCUGGAGGAGGGAAGAUACAGUAAAGCAGGAAAGUAAGGUCGGAGGUUACACAGACCCACCCCCUUGGGACCCACUCAAGUGUGUCCACACAAGCAGCAUUCGACUACAAGCUGUCAGUGUGCUGGAAUCACACUCGUUAAUUACACAGUGCUCUCAACGUCAUGGCUGAAAUAGAAGAAACAGGAGCCUACAAUAGCGAUCCACAAAAGGCUCCUGAAACUGCUGAUUAAGCAUCUGGGUGCUGACGUCGAUGCCAGAGAGCCAGCAUCCGUAACCCGGGUGACUGUGGUACCAGCCGAUGGCGUUCUCCAGUCUGCCAACCUGAGGGGAUCACAGCAUCAGUGGUCGUGUCGCCACGCAAUUCCAUCAUAAUCGACACCCAAACCUGUUUGGCGUUCUCAAUGUAGGCGGCCAUGUAUUCAUAGGCCGCGGCCUGGGCAUUCACUCUUGUCUCUGUGCCCUCCACAGGCAGGGCGAAGCUGUCCAUGAUGAUCAUGCUCUCCCCGUCCACCUUUCCCAGCAUGAGGCCCAUCACCUCCAAGUUGCCCCCGGACCUGGCGUGCAUCACCAUCUUUAGGAGGGCCAGGGCUGAGAUCUUGCAGUACUUGAAGUAGUGGUGACUGCCAGGAAGUUGCCAACACGCACCCGCUCGUCGCUGAUCUUCAGCACCUUGGUGAGGAACAGGAGCAGCAGGUGAUUUCCCGCCCCCCGUACGAUCAAUCAUCAGCGUGAGGACUUACUCCAGCAGUCGCCUCUGGACCUCCUCCCAGGCAUCCUGACGCGUCUCGUCCGUGUACAUGCGGAAAAGGAUGCGCAGGCUGCACGCCAAGCUGCUGGUCUCCUGCUUCAACAGGACCUCACUCACUUGGGGAGCUUCUGCUCCUGACGCCGUCCUCAUUGGGGACAACGGGUGUGGCGCCCUGCUGGCUCUGACGACGGUUCUCCAUGGAGACCCUGUCGGCGCUACUGAUGGAGCGCUGGUCAUCGGGGCGGAGCUGGAGGUCCACUGACUUCUGGGAAAUGGAGUCCUGGAGGACAGAAAUGGAGAGGAUACGACAAAUCUAGCAGACAAUAAUGAACAAAUACGGGAAACCAUCUGCAGCACAUACAUAACACAUGGUGAUUAAUUUAGCGGAAAUCUCACCAGCUGCUUGUCUGACAGACUUUGUGAAAAGUGUUCUCCUUCUGCUCCCGCUGGUCUCCAUGUUAGCAGUCUGAGAUACAAGAAAAGCAGGAAAUCAGAUAACGCCGACUCCAGGAUAAACGAGUCUUUUUUUUGGGAUCUUGUGUGGGGGGGACUCACGCAUGUGGGAUGGUGGUCUUGAAUAUGUCCAGCAUGCAGUUGCACGUCUUGUCCCACGUCUCCGGGGAGAACUUCUCACCAUUCAGGAUGACCACGUUCUCCAGACAGUUGGUGCCUGAACGCGCUAGCUGCUCGUUAUCUGCACACAAACAAGAGAAUCAUGCGGUACUUGUACACCAUUGUGGAAUAUUCUAAUGCACACACACACACCUUGCUGCACACACCAGUACAGCUGGGAUAAAAUGUCAUCCAGCAGCACGUCGUUCAAUGACUCAAAGUACUGAGUGAAGACAUCGCAGAUGGCGUAAAGUGCGUGGUUGCAGGUGGUCGUCAUCCACUCCGCUUUCUGUCGAGGCAACAAGAUCACCGUGAGCGUCACACGUGGACAUGUUCAAAACAGAAUAAUCCGAGCAGAACCUCCGUCUGUUGCUCGGGCAGCUUCAUGUUGUCAAAGAUCCUGAAGACGAUCCUGAACAGAUCUUGCCACCAGUGUUUCUCGAAGACUGGAACCAGAACCAGCGACAUUACCUGGUGCGGACGUCCAAUUUACACCGAUUGAUGAUGCAGGAGAGCUCGAAGAGAAUGGGGAACCAGCCUCGUACCCACACGCGGUCCUCUGGUGAUGCCCACCUGUGGCCUCUCGGAGACGUAUUUGGCGCAGUGUCUGAUGAGGCGGAUGGCUUCCAUGCUGGUGUCCGGAAAGGAGGCGUUGCAGGCGAAUUCCGACAGACACUUGACAGCGUCCUGGAAGGAGUCGAUGCAAUCUUCAGGGUGUAGCACUCACUGACGAUGUGCCCCGUGGUCUGGAAGGCCAGCUCCACAAUGCUCUCAUCCUGGUCGGACGCAGCCAGGUGGAAGACGGAGAAGAUGUUCUUCCAGCCUGAACGGAUGUUCCCCGCCUGGGAGUUAACCAUCUGAGCAAUGCAGCGCACCACCAUGUCUCUAAUCGUGGGAGACCUGAAGGCAGAAGGAAGGGGGGAGAGUCGCAGAAGUCCUUCUGGAAUCUGAAGUUGGCCAGCUCGCCUUUCUCCAAGAACUUCAUGGACAGCUGCCUGAGGGAGUCCACCGCGAAGAUGGCCACGUCCUCAUUGGAAUUACAGCCAACCUGCCAAGCCACCACCACACUCUGCGAACUGGUUUCUCCGAUGGACUCCUGGAUGCUGGCAAUCUGCUUCCGGUCUACCGUCCCGCCAACUACACAGCAGAGGUCGAUCCCCUGUUCGAUGAUCUCCUUCUGCUGUUUGAGGACCUCGAACUGCUCCGGGUUGUCCGUCCCCGACAUCUGAGUGCUGUAGCUGCCGAUACCAGACGAGGCGGUGGAAUCCAGGGAGUUGAUGCUCCCGUAGCGAUUGAUGGUUUCAGGGGCCCGGGUCUCGCUGCUCUCCUGCUCUGACGGUUUCUCCUGGCCUGAGGCAAAGACAUCACAGUGAGGUGCGUCUUGAAGUGCGACAGCAACGUGAGGAAAAUGGAAAGCGAGAGCUCGAAGACCUCGGGCACGGAGGAGACGCCGUUCUUGGACAGCGCCACGCACAGGUACUGCUUGAUGGCGUUGAUGAACAUCUCGUUGGUCUUGAAGAUGGGCCCGGCGUUCUGGAGGAUGGAGAGCAGCAGCUGGAGGGAGAGCACCUUCGAUCGCAGCUCGUGAGACCUGAAAGACGGCGGCGGUUAGGACAUCCAGAGAGUCCAUCAUGCUAUUAAUAGCAAUCCACAUCUUGCAAAGGCAAACAACAACAACAAAAAAAGAGUCAAAGGAGACCAAAAAUAUGGAACUUAUGUAUAAAUAUGGAACCUCUUUAAAUGCCAAAUGGCUCAAGGCAGAAGGUGCAUAGAACGUUAUGAUGCAUUCACAGUAUCAAUACAGAAAAAUACACCAAAAUACAGGCCUACCAACCAACCACAAGCAAGUUGUUGCGAAACCAGGAAGUGAUUCACCCAGUUAUCAAAACAUGUGUGAUUCACAUCUAUUCUUAGACACCAAACAAGAUGGGGGGGAUUUUUGCGGACUGUUGGGACCUACAGGGUUGUGAAAAGUGUUGGCCCCCUUCUUGAUUUAUUUAUUUUUUGUAAUACUUACAUGUUUUAGAUUAAUUAAUAAAAAAUAUUAGUCAAAAUUAGUCGAACUUUUAAUAUUAUAUUAUAUAUAUAAUAUUAUAUAACACAAAGUAAAGUUUUUACAUUUAAAUUUUAUUAUUAAUUCUUUGAGCUAUAUCAGUCAGGAAAAGGUUAUAGAGCCAUUACUAAAGCUUUGAGACUCCAGCAAACCACAGCGAGAGCCAUUAUCCACAGGAGUUUCCCAUGAGUGGCUGCCGGCUGACCAAAAUGACCCCAAGAGCACAGCGACGACUUAGCCAAGAGGUCACAAAAGACCCCACAACAACAUCCCCAAAAACUACAGGCCUCACUUGCCUCAGUUAAGGUCAGUAUUCAUGCCUCAGUUAAGGUCAGUGUUUAUGACAUGCAUGUUGUGUUCGGUUGUGCUGUCAAGAGCACAGCGACGACUCACCCAAGAGGUCACAAAAGACCCCACAACAACAUCCCCAAAAACUACAGGCCUCACUUGCCUCAGUUAAGUUGUGCUGUCAAGAGCACAGUGACGACUCACCCAAGAGGUCACAAAAGACCCCACAACAACAACAUCCCAAAAACUCCUGGCCUCACUUGCCUCAGUUAAGGUGUAACGUACUUUGGAUCAGGCGGUCCGUCCGACAGAGGUUUCAUGGACAGCUUGCAGAGGGAGCGAAACACCAGGAAGGCGUCUUUCUGGAGAAUGUGAGAGAACUUGGCGCCAGGCGGCUGACCCGGCGUUGCUCCCGAUUCCUGAAAUGACGUAAACCCCAAAAAACUGAGUUGUCACUGAACUCAGCAGAGGAACUCAAGAGGAUAUCCACACAUUUUUCUGUAUUCUGGCACACAAUAUCAUACCAAUAUGGAAGCCUUAUAGCCCUCUUUUGUGAUGGAGAAGAGUAAAAGUGUGAUGAUGACCAUAGAAUUGGCGAGGAAAGCUCUCACUAGGUCCCGAGACCCAAAAGUGUGCAUUUGAUAUAUCUUUGCGGAGGCGGCUUGAUUGGGCACAGACUGGACAACGUGCUGAAUAUCCUUUUUCCAAGGUACCGAUGUCAUACCAAAAGUGUUUUGGUGGAAGAUCUAGCGGACAUGUUAACUCGACUUUGGGACGGAGCUGCAGUUUUGGAGUGCUACAAUGAUAUCUCUGACCUGCAAUAUAUGAGGCAAGCAAACAUCCAGGAGGAGCAUGUCAACUUAAAAUGUAAACUGGCACAAGCGAGAUGAAAAGUCACGGGCAAGCAUGUGGUGCGGAAAGAACAACAAAACCGUGUGCACGCAUGGACGGAAGAGGAAGAGCGCAAACACACAGAGGUGCACAGAGAAAAGAGUUUGGAGUGGAAGACGUUUGUGGGAUCAGGCAAGUGGAGAAGUCACGGCAGUCCUGCACGCUUUACCUGGCGAUCACGCUUUCUGGAGGCCAGAGACCAAGAUAGCUUGUGAUUUGUAAGCUAUGUGUCCCAACAGAGAGGGGAGGAGGAA